ACCCUUCCUUUUGUGUUAUGCUAUAAAACUUGCUGAUCAUGGCCCCUGGUGAUCAUAGUUUUGCAUAUCAAUGCUGCCUCUGCAUCACUUGGAGCACCAUCAUUGUCAUUGUGGUGCAACUCUUCAUCAAAACAUGCACCAGCUUUUGCGCCAAGACUCGCCACCCACCAAGUCCUCUAGGCUUACCCAUUAUUGGUCACCUUCACCUUUUAAGUUCGGAUUUACCAAACUCCCUCAAAACACUUGCUAGCAGAUAUGGCCCUCUCAUGAAAAUACGUUUUGGAUCAACACCAAUUUAUGUUGUAUCCGAUGCCAUGACAGCCAAGGAGAUUUUGAAAAUCCAUGAUGUUGAUUUCGCCUCUAAGUAUACACUCGGUUUUGGUCUCUCCAAAUUUGACAUUUAUGAUGGAUAUACUUUCUUCAAUGCCCCGUAUGGCACAUAUUGGCGGUUUAUGAAGAGGCUAUGCAUGACCAAACUAUUCCGUGGCCCUCAGCUUGAUCGAUUCGUUCACAUCCGGGAGCAAGAGACAUUGAAGCUUUUGAAAUCACUGGUUGAUAAAUCAAGAGAAGGGAAGCCAUGCGAUUUAGGUGAAGAGCUAUCGGUCUUCUCGAGUAAUAUAAUUUGUAGGAUGGUAAUUGGCAAUAUAUGCGUGGAAGACCCUAAUUUACCUAUAGAAAUAAGGAAGCUGGUAGGAGAUAUAAUGGAGAAUGCAGCAAAGUUCAGUUUCAAUGAGGUUUUUGGUCCCUUAAACAGAUUUGACCUUUUAGGAAAAGGGAAAAGGCUUGUAUCAGCGACUAGGAAGUAUGACAACCUACUGGAGCAACUGAUGAAGAAAUAUGAAGACAAUUUUGAUAUGUUGAUCAACAGUGGUGACGAAGAACAGAAAGAUGUGAUGAUCAUCUUAAUGCAGGCAUAUAAAGACACAAAUUCUGAGUUGAAGAUAACACGGAUGCAUAUAAAAAAGUUCUUCCUAGAAAUAUUUUUUGCGGGCGUGGAAACUACUGCAACGGCCAUGCAAUCUGCCAUUACAGAGUUAAUAAACAAUCGCAAAGCAUUCAUGAAGCUGAGGGAGGAGAUUCACUCGGUUUUUGGUUCUAACUAUAGGCUACUCAAAGAAUCAGACAUCCCAAAGCUUCCUUUCUUACAGGCAGUUGUGAAGGAAACCCUCAGGUUAAACCCUAUAGCAACCUUGCGGGCAAGGCAAUGCGACGUCGAUACUACGAUCAAUGGCUAUGACAUUAAAGCUGGCACUAGAAUCCUCAUCAACGCCUAUGCCAUAAUGCGAGACUCAGAUUCUUGGGAGAAGCCACAUGACUUCUUUCCAGAGAGGUUCUUGGCCGAUUCGAUGGACACCAAUUUUGAUCAUCAUCCAACAAUGGACGUUAAGGGAGAUCAUGAUUUUCAUUUCCUUCCAUUCGGCAGUGGAAGGAGAGCAUGCAUUGCUGCUUCUCAUGGCUUGAUUGUCACGCACGCAAUGAUAGGAGCCCUAGUACAAUGCUUUGAUUGGGAAGUGAAAGAUGAUGCUAAGAUUGAUAACGAAUUGGCGACAGGUUAUUCAGGAUCAAGGGUGUUGCCUCUUGCGUGCUAUCCCAUCACACGUUUUGAUCCCACGAAUGCUUAAUGCUAGGUAUUGAAACUUUGUGAUUUUGCUUAUUUGUCUUUCGCAUGUUCGUUUGAUUUGUGGAAAAUCCUUAAACUUACUCCUCUAUUUAUAUCAAUUCGGUAUGUAAACUUUCUA